AUGUGGCCGUGGGGGAGGCAGCGGCGCGGAGGGGGGUACGAGAGCGUGCAGCACGAAGACCCCUCGCCCACCUUCCGCUCGCGCUACCAGCAGCAGCGCGCGCGCAAGUCCCCGCGCGCGCCGGUCGCUGGCGGUGUGCUGCGGUGCUGCUCGUGCGCGACGGUUGUGCUUGUAACGGUGGUCGGCGCGGCGCUGCUGCUGUGGCUGCUCGGUGUGAACCCGUUCAGCCAUGCAACCUCCCUGGUAUCCCGCAUCAAGGGCGCGCAAGGGGCGGGAGGCGCGCAAGGGGAAGGCGGAGAGGGGCUAACGGCGGAAGGGGAGUGGAACAGCGGCGGAGCGAAAGCGGGGGAGUGGAUGGGGGAAGGGGGGGAGGGAGGCGCGGGGCAGCAGAAAUGGGGCGAGUGGGGAGCUGGAGGGGAUGAGAAACAGCCGGAGGAAGCAGAGGAGGAUGGGGUGGACGCGGAGGCGAGGGAGGAGGAGGAGGAGGAGCGGGAGGAGGAGGCCCAGAUGGAAACGGACGGCCCAGAUGACACCGACGAGGAUGACAACGACAGCAACACUUCCCCCCGAGGAGGGGGGGGCAUGCGGGGGCGCAGCAGUGUGCUGGCAAGGCGCAUCCCGGGCACGGGCGUGCGGGGGGAGGAGCAGCCUCGCGCCACCACCACUCGUCUCGCCACCCCAACCACCGCUCCUGCGACCAACUUUGGGCCAAAGAGUGAGUGGGGCUGGGGGGCAAAGAGAUUGAGUGGGGCAGCUGGCGUGUCUGGCAGGCAGGGAGGGCGGGCGAUGGGCGCUCAACAGCACUCCCAGGUGGCUGCCGUGGGACCUGACAGCCUCGCGCCACCACCACUCGUCCCGCCACCCCAACCACCGCUCCUGCGACCAGCUGUGGGCCAAAGAGUGAGUGAGUGGGGCAGGGGCGGCUGUGGGGCAAAGAAUGAGUGGGGUGGCUGUGGGGCAGUGAGUGAGUGGGGUGGCUGUGGGGCAGUGAGUGAGUGGGGUGGCUGUGGGGCAGUGAGUGAGUGGGGUGGCUGUGGGGCAGUGAGUGAGUGGGGUGGCUGUGGGGCAGUGAGUGAGUGGGGCGGCUGUGGGGCGGAAGGCGGCGUCUACGGAGCAGCAGCAGAGAAGGCGAGGCGGCGGGGGGAUGCAACGCGGUGGCGAGUGCGGCGGGCAGCGCUGUACGAGUGGCAGUCGGGCGACGCCUCCUGCCCUCUGCUGCCCUUCCAGCGCACUGCCUUCUGCCGGGCUGUGCGCGGGCGCAAUGUGGUGGUGGUGGGAGAUGCGGGGGCGCUGGAUUUACACGAUGCGCUGCUGAACCACCUUGUCACUGCCCACACCCGCCGCAUCGCCGAGCCUCUUGGAGACGCCUGGGCCAAUGCCACAGAGGGUGCAUGCUACGAGGCAGGCCACCCUCUCUGCACAGACGUGCGCCUGUCCACCUCCUCUCCCUCCUCCUCCUCUUCCUCCGCCCGCUCCUCCCACCUCCCCUCCUCCCACUCCCACUCGCGCACGCGCUCUCGCACCUCCUCUUACACCGGCGCCCACAGCACCACAAGCAGGAGAAGCAAGCAGGGGGGCAUGAGCACCCAGCGGCAAUGGCAGCAGCGGGAGGCGAGGGAGGAAGAGGAGGAGGAGGAACUAGAGGAGGAGGGGAGAGUGGGCAGGCAUCUGCUGCGGUACGGGGGAGGGCCGGAGGAGAGCGAGGUAGGGGAGUUGAGCAGAGGGGGGAUGGGGGAGGCGGAGGAGGAGGAGGAGGGCAGUGCGGGGUCAGCAGGGUUCAACAUGCGCGUGUUGCUCAACCCGUUCCUGUCUCCCGACACGGGGCGAGUGUCUGCUGUGAACAACCGCUGGGUCAAGAAGCUGCGGCGCUGGCGCACUGGCAUCCUGGUGCUCUCCCGCACCGCCCGAUACAAGAGCAGUGAGUUGGCGCUUGUAUGGGUGCUGCGAGCCACGCUCAAGGCAGUGAGGCGGCGGCAGCAACCCAAUCUGCUCAUCCUCUGGCGCAACUCGCCCGCGCCGCACGACGACCGCGCCGCCCACCCUGCAUGUGCACUGCCCCUCUCUCCCCCUUCUCCCCCUUUUCCCCCCCCUGCCCCAACCAGAGCGCACCCUACUAAGGGAGUUACGAGCCACAUUGAAGGCGGUGCGGCAACGGCAUCCCAACCUGCUCAUCCUCUGGCGCAACUCCCCAGCGCCAUCUAUCUCUUCCCUCUUCCCUCUUCCAUGUUCCCUGUGCCCCAACCAGAGCGCACACUACUGAGGGAGCUGCGAGCCACGCUCAAGGCGGUGCGGCAGCGGCACCCCAAUCUGCUCAUCCUCUGGCGCAACUCCCCUGCACCACACGAUGACUGUGACGACGCCACUCUGCCCCUCCGCCGCCGCCCCCUCGCCUCCUCGUCGCGCCACCGCGAGAUGAACGAGAUCGUGAAGCCGCUGCUCGAGAUGAACGAGAUCGUCAAGCCGCUGCUCGAGGUGAGGGUGGGAUUGGUGGAGGUGAGGUGGCAUGCAGGAGGUGAGGUUGGUGAGACGUCACCGCUCUUCCCUUCCCUCCUAGCACCUACCAUGUCAUCCCUCACUCCGCCACCCACACAGGAGUACCGAGUGCUGUGCAUGGACGUGGACGUGGCCAUCAUGUGGACGUGGACGUGCCCACAUCAUUUCCCUCCUCCUGGGAACCAUCAUGUCCAUCCCUGCUUUUCCCCCUUCCCCUGUCCGUCCCCUCCUCCCUCUUUCACAGGAGAGUACGGAGUGGUAUACAUGGAUGUUGACGCGGCCACCUCGCUGCGGCCCGACGGGCACCAUGUGAGGAGGGACGGGUCGGUGGACUGCCAGCGCUACUGCAUGCCCGGCCCGCUGGACCACUGGGUGCACCUGCUCUUCAACCACCUCCUCCUCCUCAACCGCCACACCCCCCUGCCGUCCCGCCCCUCCACCCCCGCCCACUCCCAUGCUGCUGCUGCUGCUGCCUCUGCCCCGCCGGCUGGGUUGGGUGGGGAAGCGAGUGGGAAGGGGAGUGGGGAGGGGCGUGGGGAGACUGGUGUGGGUGCAAAGGGGACGGACGGGGGUUUGGUGGCAGGGGGUAAAGGAGAGAGCAGCUCUGAGAGUGGUGGUGCUGGUGCUGCUGGUGCUACGGAUGGUGGUGAUGCUGGUGAUGGUGGUGGUGGUGGUGGUGGUGGUGGUGCAAGCAUGAGUGGUUCUAGCAGUGGUGAGAGAGGGGACGGGGCAGGCAGUGGGAGUGAAGGGAAGGAGGGUGUGGAGGGGAGAGGAGGGGAGGUUGAGGAGGCAAAAGAAGGGGAGCGUUCAGGGGAUGAUAUGGCGGAGGGAGGAGAAGGUGGAGGGACGGAGGGUGGAGGGAAGAGGGGUGAAGAGGGCGAGGGUGGGAAAGGUGAGGGGGAGAGGAUAGGAGGCAAGGGAGAGGAGGAGGAGGGAGGACUGAAGGAGGGCGGAGAGAGGGAGGAAGGAGGUGAGGCGAGAAGUGAGGGGGGUGAGACUGAGGGGGAGGGCGGGUUGACCGGGAAGAGGGUGGAUGAGGGGACGUUUGAGAGGGGGGAGGAGGAGGGUGGAGGGGAGGAAGGUGGAGAAGAGGAGGGAGGUGAGGGAGGAGGAAAGAGUGGAGGGGACGAGGAUUUGGGGGGAAAGAAGGUGGAUGAGGGGACGUUUGAGAGAGGGGAAGAGGAGGGUGAGAGUGAGGAGGAGGGGGAGAGUGAGGGAGGAGGAAAGAGCGGUGGGGAUGGGGGAUUGGGAGGAGAGAAGGUGGAUGAGGGGACGUUUGAGAGGAAGGAGGAGGAAGGCGAGGGGGAAGGUGAGGGGGAAGGUGAGGGUGAGGGUGAAAGGGAGAGUGGGAGGAGAGGGGAGAGCGGAGGGGAGGAUGAGCUGGGAGGGGCAAAGGUGGAUGAGGGGACGUUUGAGAGGAAGGAUGAGGAGGGCGAGGGUGAGGGCGAAGGGGAAGGGGGAGGUGAAGGGGAUUUGGGUGGAGGUAAGGUGGACGAAGGGACGUUUGAGAGAAAAGAGGAGGAGAGUGAGGGAGAGGAGGGCGGUGGGAAGGAUGAGGAGGGGGCGCAGAAGGGGGGUGCAGAAGGGGAUGGGGAGCUGGGAGGGGCACAGGUGGGAGACGGCACGUUUGAGAGGCAGGAGGAGGGCGGACAGGAGGGAGGAGAGGGAGAGGGCAGGGGAGAGAGGGAUGGAGAAGGCAAGAAGGGGAGUGGGGAGCUGGGCGGAGCGGAGGUGGGCGAUGGGACAUUUGAGCGGAGCGAAGAGGGGGAGGGAGGGGAAGAGUCUGGUGGAGGGGGUGAGGGGGUGGGAGGCGGUGGUGGUGAUGCCGGCAGUGGGGGGAAGGGGCAGGGCGGAGGUGAUGGAGAGGGGAAUGAGACGAAGACCACAGAUGAAGCAACAGCAGCAACAGCAGCAGCAGCAGCAGCAGCAGCAGCAGCAGCAGCAGCAGCAGCAGCAGCAGAGAGUGAAGGUGGGCAGGAAGGGGGGGCGAAGCCCAUGUUGGACCGGACUCCCGCCCGCCCGGCAGCAUG